CUGGCCUGCGAUGUUUGUAGAACCUUACAGCCAGUCUCCGCCACCAGGGAGCUCACUUCAUUCAGCUUUUCUGAGCCGUUAGGUACAAGUUCACCGUCACCAUGUCUGACACAGAGGAAGUUGAACAUGUGGAGGAAGUCGAAGGGGAAGAGAAGCCAAAGUUCAAACCCAGUGCCCCUAAGAUUCCUGAGGGGGACAGAGUGGACUUUGAUGACAUCCAGAAGAAACGCCAGAACAAGGACCUCAUGGAGCUGCAGUCGCUGAUCGAUGCUCACUUUGAGCAGAGGAAGAAGGAGGAGGAGGAGAUCAUCGCGCUCAAAGAGAGGAUUGAGAAGCGUAGGGCUGAGAGAGCGGAACAGCAGAGGGUCCGAGCUGAGAAGGAUAAGGAGCGCCAGGCGAGGCGUGAGGAGGAGAGACUGAGGAGGGAGGAGGCGGAGGCCAAGAAGAAGGCUGAGGAGGAGGCCAAGAAGAAGUCAGCCCUGUCCAGCAUGGGUUCCAGCUAUAGCAGCUACUUGCAAAAGGCUGACCAGAAGAGAGGUAAGAAACAGACUGAGAGAGAGAAGAAGAAGAAGAUCCUGGCAGACAGACGCAAGCCCCUCAACAUUGACCAUCUGAAUGAGGACAAGCUGAGGGACAAGGCUAAGGAGCUGUGGGAAUGGAUGAAAACCCUGGAGUCUGAGAAGUUUGACCACCUGGAGAAGCUGAAGAGGCAGAAGUAUGAGGUCACAACACUACGUAAGAGAGUGGAGGAGCUGAGUAAAUUCAGCAAGAAGGGAGCUGCCACCCGCCGCAGAAAGUAGAGGGCCCCCCUCCUGGGAGGCGUUGGCCCCUGCAUGCCCGCACCCUUCAGCUUGGAGCUUGGAGCACCAUCUUGGGAGAUACCCUCCUGCUGCAGCAAUUCCCAUCACACGUAGAGCUAUGCCAUGGAAACGACUCGCUCUCGAUGUCUUAUCACCUGUUUGGUGUAGUGUGAAGUCCAACAGGAAAGCCGUUCGCUGCUGUCGUAGAAAUAGCAACCAUUGCGCCUUCUCACCCUGGACUGUUGUUUGGUUCUCAUUAUUUUUGUAAAUAAAGCAUGACACUUCUGCCUUA